AUGGACCGCAAGUUCAUGACCUUUAACAUGAACUCCGUCAAUCCCGCCAAAUUCGCACCAAAACCCUACGUUGAGAAAUACUAUUUCUUCUACGGCACGCUCAUAGAUCUGUCCAUGCUCAGCCACGUCCUGGGCCUCGAUCACGAACCUGAACUCCGGCCUGCAUACAUCGUCGGUCAAAAAUGA